UAAAAAAAGGGAGGAGAAACCCGAUCAAAAAAAAAGAAAGAAAGGGAGGAGAAACGAAAACCGAAAGAGCCAGAGAAAAUGGGGCGUGGACCACUGCCCGCCCGUGGGCCCCACUUCGCCGGCGCCUGCCGCACCGUCCUCCUCGCCGCCCUCCUCGCCGCCACCGCCGCCGCCUCACUCCCAGUAGCGGAUUCGUCCUGCCCCCGAGACAAUUCAUUGGUGAGAGACAUAAGCCAAAUGCAUCAAAGCAACUAUGGGAGGGAAGGAUUCUCGCAUAUAACUGUUGCUGGCGCGCUCGCUCACGGGAUGAAAGAGGUGGAAGUGUGGCUUCAGACAUUUAGUCCUGGCCAAAGGACGCCGAUCCACAGGCAUUCCUGUGAGGAGGUUUUCAUUGUCCUCAAAGGGAAAGGCACACUCUUGCUGGGGUCGAGCUCGUUCAAGUACCCAGGACAGCCGCAGGAAAUUGCUGUCUUUCAGAAUAGCACAUUUUCGGUUCCAGUAAAUGAUCCGCACCAGGUUUGGAAUUCUGACGAGCACGAAGAUUUGCAAGUUCUUGUGAUCAUAUCACGCCCACCUAUCAAGAUAUUUAUAUAUGAUGACUGGAGUAUGCCUCAUACAGCCGCGAAGCUGAAGUUCCCCUACUACUGGGAUGAGGACUGCUUACCAGUGCCUAAAGAUGAACUCUAGGUUUAAAAGCGUUUGGUGAAAUUUAUCAGCUUCAUCCAUGAUCCUGCUGGUUUACAAUUCACAACUACUAGUAAUAAAACAUUAUUGUUUGCUCUGUGUUGUACAGUUCUGUAUUGUGCCUCAGGAAAAUACAUUUUUGUCAUGAUUUAUGAACUUAAGCGCUUCUGGA